AUGUCGUCUGGGCCGGCUGUGCGAAACGGUGCUCGAUUAGAUUGUCAGGGAUGCCGUGAGAAGUGCGCCAAGGUGAUUUUGUCCCAUCUGACGGACGAAGGCGGGAAGGUUGAUAUCAAGCCUAUGGAUGGAGAGGAUAUGGAGCAUGGAGAGAAACAUGAUGCGGAAUCUCACCAGAAUUCUGACCCAGACCCUACGGCCAAAGUAGAUCAGGGUUCUCAAGAGAUGGAAAACCAGGACUCUGAACCUGAUUCUACGACCAAAGUAGACCAGAAUCCUCAAGAGACGGAUGGACAGGACUCUGAACCCGAUUCUACGACCAAAGUAGACCAGAAUUCUCGAGAAACGGAUAGCCAGGACGGUUGGAUCUAUUCGCUAAACGGCCGUCUUCAAAGCUACGGGAGAGAAGUGGAAAGAGAUACUCAAUCCCCAAGUCUGCCAUACACCGAGAACAUAGAACCUCAGACCUUGGCCGAGAAAGAUGGCUCCGCUGAUAUGCCUUCUCCUGCCCCAGAACGGUCCAGAAGCUGCAUCCCGCAGCAACGAAAGACCAACAGCCGACUCCCAGAAGCACUUCCGAAUACGGAAAAUCCGGGAACACCAAGCGACACGAGAACACUGAUCAGCCAAAAGUCAGAUACUGCGUCAGACAAAGAUCGAAAGACGGCUAGAACCACGUCAGCUCUUCCAAUCCUUCGCGCUAUUCCUAAGCCCAAGCCAAUAGACGUUGCAGUGGACAACCAUCACUCAAGUCCCACACUCCGACUAUCUAUACCAAUAGCCCGCAAAUCAUCGGUUGGAAAAGUUCUGCGACUUCCUCAGCCUACUCGGGCGAUGAAAGUCGGCUUGUUGAAGGUACCAAACAGGACUCUUACCUAG